AUGUCGCGCUGGGGCAGAGGCCGAGGCGGUAGCGUGGCCGUACCGCUGGAUAGCGCUCUCUUUAGAGAAAAUAGCAACUGCCCAACUGCAGCCCGCUCGGCGGGUACAGUGGGCAAAUGGGGAAUCACUAGCUUCACGUCGAUUAGAAGCGCACCUUACGCAUAUGCAAACAAUAUUCUUAAAAAACCUGUGCAAGAUCAAAACAGUCCACUGACAGUGCCUGCAGUUGAAACUGAGCAACCACCACCAAAGCCUAAGAAAUUCUUCAAAUCUCGCAACGCUGAGGUUUACCCACCAGUUCCACAAAUUACUUAUGCUCCUCCAGUACCUGCUGCCCCACUGUCACCUGAACAUCCCUCACAUAGUAAAGAAAAGAAGACAACUAAACGAAGCAGGGCUUAUACCAGAGAUUCAUCUUCUCCUGAAUUACCCCGUCGUAACUCUGAGAAAUCUAAAUCCAAAAAGGGUACUGUUGCCACAAAAGCUUCUAGAAAAGAAGAUGCACCUGCUGAAAAUACUCAACCACCAAAUAAACGUUACCUGGUUCGCAAUCGUGAUAAAGUGAUAAAUUAUGCCGAAGAUGGAAGUAACAGCCCCAUACCAGAGUUCACUCGAUAUGAAUCAUCACAAUCAAAACUUGCUUCAUCUAAAAUACCAUCACCCAAAACCAGUCCAUUAGUAUCUAGUCCAUCUGUCAUUAAACCAGAUGUUACAAGUCCAUCAACAAGUAAGGAAACUAAUGAGGAACGCAAACCUCCUCCAAUUGUGCUCAGGAUAUCUAAAGGAACAUCUAGAAUUGUCAGCACAGAUUCAAACGAAGGCUUUACAUCUCCUAGUUCUGAUAGACAUUCAUCUCUAGAUACACAUUCAGAUGUUGGAUCUGAUCAUAAAAAGAGCCCUUCUAUGGAAACAAUAUGCUCUCCGAAGCAUGAAGGUCUGAAAAUCACAAUAAAAUGUGGAGGUCUAACUCAAGAAACCAAAAAAGAAAAGAAGAAAGAUAAAAAAGAUCACAAAUCUCAUAAACGUCAUCACAAAAACUCAGAUGAUGAACCAUUAAAGAAAUUGAGUUCACCACAACCUGGGACUGAUGCUUAUGAUCUUUACAAGACUCUAGCAUCUCCUUCGCAUGAAACUGAGAAAGAAAUUAAAAAUAAGAUGUCGCCUAGGGACGAUAUUGAGUCCCAGCUGGCUAAAUUGGAUUCUGGAUCUGUAAUUAAAUCCCCUAGAUUGGAAGUUCAACCAAAUGAGUUACCUCCUGAACCUAAACCCCCAGAGAGUAAUACCUCUGGAAGAUCGAGGAGAAACAGACCUAACAUAAAUUAUAGUGAGAAUGAUGAUUAUUUGGAUGUUCUUACAGCUGGUUAUCCAAAUAAACAAGGAACCAAAACUGUAAGUGACAUUAAAAAAGAAGCAAGAAAAACUAGAAGAAAGCAUGAAACUUUAGCUGACAUUGCUUCUGCAGUUACUACUCCAGAGCAUGAACAAACUGUUGAGAAAAAUGAAAUUCCCAUGGAGAAGAAUGAUCUAAUAGAUAUUUUGUCUGGUGGAAGUGACAAUACUAAAAAUGAAGUUCCCAAGAUUAAGAUCCAUAGAAAACAUAAACAUAAGCACAAUAAAAAUUCAAGCCCUGAUCAUGAUAUAGAAAUGCCUCCAGAGGAUAACCCUGUUGAACAGAGUGCCUCAAAUGAAGAAGUUAGUCAGGAAGAGGAACCUAAUGAGAUAGUUGCUCAAGCAUUUAAUACAAAUAACACUCCAACCUAUUCCCAGACCAACACACAAUCUUUAGAUUCUGCUUACAACAGCUGUCCUAAUGAAAAUUCUGAAGAAGAGGUACAAAAAAAUUCACAAGAAGAUGUAUUUAAAUCACCUAGAGGUGUAUGUGAGUCAGAGGAUCAUGCACAGAAUGAAGAUAAACCCAGUGUUAAAUUAGUCAUUACUAAAAAGAAAGGAUCAAUAUUUAAGAGCAAAUCUUUAGUGAAUGACAAUCCAUCACCACUGCCUGCAAGGAAAAGGCGUCAUCUGUAUCGUCAUGAAUGGGCCAAUGAUAAAGGCAAUGAGACUCCAAGGCCAGAACCAGUUGAGAAUGCAGAAGUAAAUAAUCAAGUGGGACAAGUAUCAGAAGAACUAACCAGAGUUACUAGAUACCGAGCCCCAGAUCCAAUAGUGGAUGAUCCAAUUGAAACUGUUAAACCAUAUACUAGCGUCAAAUGCAGUAAAGAGGCUAAAGAGUUUUACACAGUUGUGAGAAAUGUGAAAAAGGCCCAUCAGAUCCAGGAAAUUGGAGAGUUCCAAGAAUUCAAUGAUGAUGUUGAAUAUCUCCUAGAUGCAUUACAGAAUAACAACCCGAUAUCUACGCGUUGUCUGUCUGCGAUCACACUGGCGAGCAAGUGUACGGCGCCUGCGUUCCGUAUGCAUCUGCGCGCGCAUGGCACCGUGCAGAAGUUUUUCAGUGCACUACAUGAUGCUACUAAUGACCAGAGUUUGGGUCUGUGUACUGCAACAGUGAUGUUCGUGUUGUCUCAAGACCGUCUUAAUAUGGAUCUGGAUCGUGAAUCCCUUGAGCUCAUGCUCAACCUACUCGAAUCUGAUGCAUCACACAAAAAUGCGCUUGAUGACUGCGGUUUGACUUCAGCCCAGCUAACCAAAACCCAAGAAAGGGUUAGAGAGUUAUGUGCUGAAAUAAAAAGCCAAGGGAAAGCGCAACACUUGGAUUUAGAAAACAUUACUGUGGGUCAUCUGGCCAUGGAAACCCUGCUUUCACUGACGUCAAAACGAGCUGGUGAAUGGUUCAAAGAAGAACUCCGUGUAUUGGGUGGUGUAGACCACAUCGUGCGAACUAUCCAGGACUGCGCAGCGAAACUUGACUCGCCCGUCGACAGCUGGACUAGCGCCGACGUCGAAAUACUAAGAAAAGCAGAUAGAUGUCUGCGAGUUUUAGAAAACGUGACGCAAGCGAACGAGGACAACCAGGUGUACCUGUGCGGCAACGGCGGCGCGGCGGCGCGCAGCAUCUGCGGCGUGCUGCGCGCGUGGUGCGGCGCGGCCUACUCGCACGCUGCGCUGCGCGCGCCACUGCUCGACGCCGCGCUGCCCGCACUCAAAGUCUUGCUCAACCUCUCACAUAGCUUCGGCUCCGCCGUUUCACUUGGAGCUCAGGUGAUUGGGGAGCAGCAAUCGGUUAUGGAGACCUGUCUCAUCAUACUGUAUAACCAAGGAAACUUUAUUCCUGACAACAGAAAUUUCGAAUUCAGUGUUUGUGUACUGUUGCUGUUAAUUAACUUAGUUCAGAACAACGAACCCAAUACACAGAGGUUGUUGAACGUCCGUAUUCGUGUUGAUAACGAAGAAGACGUCAUAUCCAGGAGCAUUGGCGCCUUAGAUCUUAUUGUAGAUCUGUUCUAUAAACGGGAAGAACUGGCAAGGCGGGCUGAGGAAAAUACAGACGCUCUGCUAGAUGGCGAAAAGGAGCCGGAUGAUAAUAAUGAUAAGAAGAAGCAAUCUCAGGAUGAUAUUGACGAGACUGUUGCGAAGUUGCUGGCCCGCGCGGGCGCGCACAUGGAGCACAGCAUGGUGGGCGCCUACAUGGCGCUGCUGCUGGGCCACGCCGCGUGCGCCGCGCCGCACCACGCGCGCGCACUACGUCUGCGCGUGCCGCUCUACGCGCCGCUACUGCCCACGCUCAACAAGUACUACGCCUUCCUGUCGCUCACCGCCAGCGCUGAAGCAGCGAUCGUGGCGCACGUGAAGGCGACGCAUCGCAUCAUAAAGUUCAUGGAGGCCAGCGACAAGGAGGCCGCCGAGGCCGAGCAAGGCGCGCCCGCCGACGUGCCGCAGGACAUGUCGCUCAGCAACCUCAACUACUCCAUGCACUCCUCGUACUCCAGCUCUGACCGCCACUCCUCAUCCAUGGAGCUGGACGGCUACCACUGA